AUGUCAUUGCUAAAUUUUAUGAUACUGAUCUUCAAUAUAGCAAAGUUCAAUAAAAAUUUUGCAUUGCCAAAUAUUUUUAAAUUUAAAGCAUUGAUUUUAGUUAUUUUGAAAAUUCAGAGAACAACAACGUUUCCUUAUAUCUUUGUAUUAAGUCAUUAUGGAAGCAGCUACGUUCUCCCAGUUCUGCGGUCUGUUAAUUACGACAAUACUAGUGUACCUUUAGCAUUCUCAGGCUUGCCGGUAGAUGUUCAUUUUGCGCUGAAAAUUGCUCAUUUGGCCAAUUUUGAUUCAAAAAAUAUGGACUAUUCUAUUGAUCUUGAAGUGCAAAUGAUCUGGUUUGAUUCGCGGCUGAUGAAUAAUUACACAAAAUGGAUAAGAAUAUGGGAAAAAAGCAUUUUAGAUCGAAUUUGGAAGCCGGACCCUUACUUUGUAAACUCGAAACAUUCGCAUUUCCAUCAUGUUUCCUUUCCGAAUUUCCGAAUGCUAAUCAGCCCACAAGCUCAUAAAAAUCUGUGGUUUCGCAAAAAUAAUUUUUACUUUUCAGUACCUUCAUCUUGUCUUUCUGUCACCUUCAAACUCGAACGAAAUGGUGCUCGAUUUAUAGUAGAAAAAUAUAUACCCAGUGCUCUGGCUGUAUUUUUCGCUUGGAUUGCUCCCUUUGUACCGUAUAAUUAUGAGGAAGUGAGAAUAAUCACACCAAUUUCUGUUCUUUUGACACUAGUGCAAAUGGAAAGAGGAGAAGAGCAUAUUCAUAUUAGUUAUGUAACUUCAAUUGAUGUAUGGUUUCGAGCAAUGAAGGUGUUCACUGUGCUUUCUUUGCUAGAAUCUGUCGCUGUGCUGGCCCUCAUAAGAGCUACGAGAGUCAUGGAAAAACGACGUUUAAAAGCUGCUAAUGAAUUCGAUCGAGAGAGUUUUCGGACCAAGGAAAGGCAUCUUAUUCGAUUCUCUCAACGAUUGGAUCACAUUACGCAGCUCACUACGCCAUUACUUUUUGCUACAUUUCUCAUGUAUUACAUCUUGAUCGUUGUUUAUGGUAAAAACAGUGAUUGUAAGAACAGUUAA